AUGGAAUGUGUUAUUGGCAUUAAGAUGAAUGACUUUGUGCUACUUGCAGCAGAUAUGCGCUGCGCUCACUCAAUCCUUACUAUAAAACACGAUGAGCGCAAAAUGUUUAAGUUCAGCGAUCAUGUGCUUGCUGCUGUAUGUGGUGAGUCUGGGGAUACAUCUCAUUUUUCCGAAUAUAUUCAACAAAAUAUGCAGUUGUACGAGAUAAGAAAUGGAUAUGAGCUUACUCCAAGUGCAGCUGCGAAUUUCACCAGAAAUAAUAUGGCUGAGUCACUUCGUAGUCGAUCUCCGUACUUUGUAAAUAUGCUGAUUGGGGGUUAUGAUGAGCAGACUGGACCAGAACUAUACUUCUUAGACUAUUUGGCGUCCCUGAUAAAGGUCCCCUUCGCUGUUCAUGGAUAUGGUUCAAUGGUUGCCUUAAGUAUCUUGGAUCGAAUGCACCGUCCAGAUAUGACAGUAACUGAGGCUGUGUCGUUACUGCGUUCGUGUAUUCAGGAAGUACAGAAACGUCUAGUUAUCAACCUUGAUCGUUACAUGGUUCGCAUGGUUACAAAAGAUGGUAUUGAGGAGCUACCAGACAUGACUGAUUUUGCAGUAAAAGCAUAAAGUUUAUAAUAAACUUAGAACCUUUUGAAUCUUUGUAUUGCCGCAGCGUAAAUUGAACCUGCUCGUCUGAAGUGUUUCGAUUAAGUUAUCUUACUUAGCUUUCUAUGUAACGCCGCAUGAUUCUCUUUAUUGUUGUGUUGUUGAAAUUGAGUGUAAUGCAUGCGAAUUUCGCGUUCGCAGACAUUUGCACAUCUCAUUCGUGUAUGCGACAUGGCAUGAGUAAAGAUAAGGAGUGUAGUGGUAGAGCGUGUUGACCACUUAUUUAGGAAGUUGCAUCAGCCUGAAUGGACUGAUUACUGACGAAAUCUCAACAUGGAUACAAAAGGCUAUUAUAGCGUUUGCCCACUUUCGUCAUCUCUGACGUAGACGUGAUAUCCGAACCUCAAUCGAAGAAUGUG